CCCAGCACUUCUCAGCCAUUCAAAACAUUCCUAGGCCCCCAAAAAUGGCACGGUUCGAAACCACCCACGUCUUGGUGCUUGGACUCGUGACCCUCCUAGCACUUGGACUCGCCCCGGCCAUCUCGGCUCGAACCCUCCUUGACGAUGCUGGCAUGCUCGCACCCUUAUCAGGCCCACUGCUCGACCCAUCGACCACCACAACCACAACGGCGACCUUUCCGAACUCACCCACCGUGGGUCCAGCCGUGGUCCCGUUGGCACCCUUGUCAACCCCAGCACUCGAACCUCCGACCACCACCGGGACCGCGACAUUCCCGAACCCACCCACCGUGGGUCAGGCCGUCGUUCCGCCCAGUGGGGACCACACUCUCGCUUUCUUCAUGCACGACAUCUUAGGCGGGACCCACGCCACUGCCCGGCCGGUCACCGGCAUAGUCAACGGCGUGGACGCCAACGGCCACCUCGCCUUCGGCAAGUCCACCGACUUCUUCCCCCCCACCGGCGGGGUCCCGCUCCCCGACUCCAACGGCAUCGGCAGCUUUCCGGUCACCGACGGCAACGUCCAGCCGUUCCUCACCGGCCUCGGCGGGACCACGGCCGUGCAGGAGAGCGGCGCCGUGGGCGGGAACCUGCCCUUCGUGAACGCCGGCCAGCUGCCCAUCGGCGCCACGCUCGGGAGGCUGGAGUUCGGCACCAUAACGGUCAUCGACGACGAGCUGACGCAGGGGCACGAGCUGGGCUCGCCCGCCGUCGGCAGGGCCCAGGGCUUCUACCUGGCCAGCUCGGAGGACGGCAGCAGCCAGACCAUGGUUUUCACGGCCAUGCUGGGGAGCGACGGGGGAGCCGUCGACACCAUCAGCUUCUUCGGCGUACACCGGACCGCCGUGCCGGAGUCGCACAUAGCCGUCAUCGGCGGAACCGGCAGGUAUGAGAACGCCAAGGGGUACGCCACUAUCCAGACCCUCCAUCCGGCCGACACCCAUGAGACCGACGGCGUGGAGACGGUGCUACAGUUCCAAGUCUACCUCUCUUGAUUUCCAUUUCAAGU